GGCCGAGCUCUCGGGAGCAGCUGCUCCUGCCUGGCGGCGGCCGGGCUGAAGCCAUGCACCGCUUGGCGCGGGCCCUGCGCCGAGUCUCGGGGCAGCAGCGGCUGCAGCGCCUGGGGAGCGGCCCGUGCCCACCGCGGGGAGCCGGCGCCUGGGGCUGGGGGGUCGGUCUGGGCCUCGCCCUGGGGGUGAAGGUGGCGGCCGGCUGCGAGCAGGAGGGGGCCCCGCGGCCGGAGGCGGCGGGAGAGGUGAAGCCGCCGCCGCCCAGGGGCUUCGCCCGGGCCAUCGAGAGCAGCAGGGACCUGCUGCAGAGGAUUAAGGAUGAAGUGGGAGCCCCAGGCAUAGUAAUUGGAGUUUCUGUAGAUGGAAAGGAAGUAUGGUCAGAAGGUCUGGGUUAUGCUGAUGUAGAGAACCGUGUAAUCUGUAAACCAGAGACAAUUAUGCGAAUUGCGAGUAUUAGCAAGUGUCUUACAAUGAUGGCUGUUGCUAAACUGUGGGAAGAAGGAAAACUGGAUUUAGAUGCUCCAGUGCAGAAAUAUGUUCCUGAGUUUCCAGAAAAAGAAUAUGAAGGUGAAAAGGUCACCAUUACCACAAGAUUGUUAGUUUCACAUUUAAGUGGAAUUCGUCACUAUGAGAAGGAUAUUACAAAAGUAAAGGAACAGAAGGAAAAGGCCAAUAAAACUCUUAAACUAAUGCAAGAUGUAAAAAAAUCUAACCAGGAGAAGGAACUGAAAGAAAAAGAAGAUAAAGACACCGAAAAAAAUGACUUUGCUGAAGCUAAGUCAGAACAGCAUGGUGAAGCUAAAGGCCGAAAUUUAAAACCUGUCAAGAGAACAAAGGAAUUUGAACAUGAAGAGUAUUAUUUGAAAGAAAAAUUUGAAAAUGUGAUUGAUUCAUUGAAAAUAUUUAAAAAUGAUCCUUUAUUCUUUAAACCAGGAAGCCAGUUUUUGUAUUCGACUUAUGGCUUUACCCUUCUGAGUGCUGUGGUGGAGAGAGCUUCAGGAUGUAAAUUUACAGACUACAUGCUGCAAAUGUUUCAUGACUUGGAUAUGCUGGCAACUGUGUUGGAUGACAAUGAAUCAAUGAUAUACAAUAGAGCAAGGUGUUAUGUUUGCAACAAAAAAGGACGGCUGGUAAAUGCACCCUAUGUGGACAACUCCUACAAGUGGGCGGGUGGCGGCUUUCUUUCUUCAGCAGGUGACCUCCUGAAAUUUGGAAAUGCCUUGCUGUACAGUUAUCAAGUUGGACAGUUUAAAAACUAUACCAACAAACUUCUUCCUGGCUACCUCAAACCAGAUACUAUUACAAUGAUGUGGACCCCAGUGCCAAACACUGAAGCAUCGUGGGAUAAGGAUGGUAAAUAUGCAAUGGGUUGGGUUGUUGUGGAGAAACAGCAAGAAUAUGGCUUUUGCCGACAGCAGCGACACUACAUCUCCCAUACUGGUGGAGCAGUGGGUGCAAGCAGUGUCCUGCUUAUUCUUCCUGAAGAGUUGGACUCUGAGGUUAUAAACAGUGGGUUAGUGACACCUCCCAGAGGAGUAGUUGUUAACAUUAUUUGUAAUAUGCAGUCAGUUUCUCUCAAUAGCACUGCCUUAAAGAUUGGAAAAGAAUUUGAUAAAGACAAAUUGGCAUGAUACUUUGAUUAAAAUAUAGCGUAGGUCUGAAUAACUGUACUGUAGUAUUGAAAUAGGAACAAAGUUUUUAAAAAGGGUACAUGUGAGUGCCAAGAUUGCUAGGAAUACACAUUUAUCAGAUUGUAAAUAAAUUAAACUAUAUGACUUUUGUUAGUGGUGCUACAUUUUUGUGCAUUUGGAAGUCUUCGCUCAGGGAAGUAGCUCUGUAGUUGCUAACUUAUGGAAAAGGGGUAAAAAAAAGGCAUUCUAAGAGAACAGUUAUUUUGUAAAUCACUCACGCAAAUCACCAAUGUUGUAGCAAUGUUUUUUCUUAUUAAGCCAAGAUACUGACCAGUCAAGAUCAAUAAGUAUUAUUGUUGGCCUUUACCAGAAAGAUGGUGAUGUUUACUCUUGUCUUCUAGACACUUCUGUAUUAGCAAAUAAAUAGUUUCCUUAAAUGUAGUAAAAUUAAGGAAAACUUGUAUAGAAUCAGAUAAUCACAACAUGCAAGACUGACUUCUUUUAUUGCCAUGAUAUAUUUUUCACAGUUAUGCUGGCCAAAGUUGUUCACCAGUAUUUUU